ACAUGUACGCAGUGGAUGCAUUUAACAUUACAAUAACCUUGAAUUCUUUACAAUCGAUAAUAAUGUUGUGAUGUGUUAGGCGCUAGAGGGCGCUCUCUGACAAGACUUAAUUGAAACAUCAAAUUAGGGCAGUAUCUCAGUAUUAUUUAUAUCAUAGCCCAUAUAACUGUCGGGAGGCUCCCUCUUAUCUCCAAAUUAGUCAAUGUGCUAAUCUUUCAAAUCAGCCUAUAGGCUGUAAAUCUAACAACAAGGCAGUAGUACACCUGUCUCUUUGAGUUCCUUUUCUGACCAAUGUGACCAACCUCUGCUACAACAAAGUAGGAAUCCAAGUGAUCUUUAAUCCCUAAUAAUAUUUUUAAAAAUGGAUAUGAGAUCGGAUUUAAGAAAGAGAUAACAAUCACAAAAAAACUGUUGAAAAAAAUAAAAUGUUACAAUAAAAAAUAGAGUUUCCUGAGCAGGUUGAUAGAAAGAGGCAGACAAGCAAAGGGAUAGAGAGAGAGAACGAGACGAGUAAAGAUAAGUCAACUUCCUGUGCUUAACAGUAACAGAGGGACAGUGUUAGCCUUCAGGCACCCUAUUUCAUACAGUUUAUGGGUGACACACACUUUCCUCCCUCUCCUUGGAUACUCACCUCUUCUGAUCACCUGACAGGUCACAAUGUCAACCAACAUCUCCAACCCCAACCUCACGAACAGCACAGGACACAUCAACAUCCUCCUUGUGUCUAUCUACUCCUUCAUUUCUUUUUUCGGUUUGAUUUUUAAUCUCAUAGCGCUCUUCAUCUUCUACCACAACAAAUUCAGAUCACAAACCGUUGUCUACAUGACUAACCUGGCCACAGCAGAUGUACUGCUUAUUCUUACGUUGCCUAUGAGGAUCUACUACUAUCUGGGAUUUGACAACCUUCCACAGUGGCUGUGUGAGGUCCUUGGUUUGGUCCUGAAAGCCAACAUGUACGGGAGCAUCUUUCUCCUCACGUCCAUUUGCUUGGACCGUUGCAUGGCCGUCACCUUUCCAAUGUCAUCCCGUGUGCAGGAGUGGAGGAAGAAAGCGCCGUUGGUUUGUCUCGGAAUAUGGCUGCUCACCUUUGGUGCUAGCGUGCCCAUCUACCUUUCCAAGCGGUCACAAGUUAAGAACAAGGACUGUUUUGAUGGCCUGCCGGUCUAUGCUACAAACCUCGUGGUGGUGUUACCCACUCUGAUUGUGGGUUUUGGAAUCCCGCUCAUUAUUAUGCUGAUCUGCUCAUGGGGUCUGGCCCGCGCUGUCCGAAGAAGUACCGCGACCCAGACCGGCCAGGUUGACGAAAAAAAGAUCAAGCGGAUGAUCAUCACCAGCCUCUUCAUUUUCAUUCUCAGCUUCCUCCCUUACCAUGUCAUCUUGGUUCUCUUCUCUCUCGUAGAUGUAGAUAGCAUACCACAGCCAAUGAAGGCCGCAUACAGCUACAGCCUGAUGGUCGCAUGUUUCAACACGGUACUGGAUCCUGUUGCAUACUAUUUCACCACGGACACCUUCAGGAAGAGCGUCGACAUGGGCGCUGUUUGGAGGAUGUUUCCUUUGAGCAGUCAAAGUCCUGGCACAGAGAGGAGAAUCCAUAACAGCUAAUGGACUGCUGAAGAACCACUCAACAGAUUCACCACUGAAGAACUCUGUAACCAAUAGGAUAGCUAGCUCACCUUUUUUGAUUGUCUAUAAAUGUACGUGUUUGUCCCCUUGUUCGGGAUUCGUUGGUGGAACCGGUAGACAGUGAACUACGCUGUGGUCAAAGCACUCGCUGUGGCCUGUGGAUCGGAGAAGCCGCGAAUCCUCGAUCGAGGUGAUAUCUUUUUACCGCAACGCUUAUUUUUUAUUAAAUUCUUUUGAUUUGACUUUCCGAUCCAAGACAUCUUUUGUUCGUCCGGAGUUUCUUCAUUUCAUACUUGCCAACCUUGAGACCUCAGAAUUAGGGAGAUAUUCAAAAGGACCCGGGGGAGGGUGCUAGCGCUAAUUGCCGCGCUUGACUUCAAGGUGUAACCUUUAUUAUUGUUCGGUCUGAAACGGCGUGCCCAGUGACGGAUGGUGUAGCAAUAUUGUCGUUCGGGUGGAAAUCGGGAUAAAUUCGGGAGAAAGGUCGGGAGAAAGGUCGGUCCGGGAGAUUUUCGGGAGGGGCGUUUAAAUUCGGGAGUCUCCCGGAGGCCCUGGCUGAGGUAAAUCCACUACGGACACUUGCACCCACUCACUCCACACCUCAUAACACACGGGCAGGGACAAAGACCUCUUCAGAAGCCCCGCUCCAGGCCGUGCAGGUCCCGUGUAGCUUGGAGAAGAUGUACAGUGGUGGUACAGUCUAAAAUUCUCUUCGGUAUUCCGCAGCCUUAGAUAAGAUCAAAUUUAUUGGGAGAUCAAAUACGUUCCGGGUGGUAUUGGCUGUGGUGACAGGUGCAGCGCGACCGGGAUCAUGAGUUUCAUACACGUCUCAGGAGUUCCACUGGGAGAUCUCGCGAGAAGUGUUUGUCCGCCUUACUGGAAGUUAAAGGGGAAACACCGCCCCUCCCAGUAAAACAAAAAAAUGGGAUCUAAACAAGAAUAAUGUUUAAUGUGCAAACCACACGGUCACAUUAUGGGCAUGUUAAGAAGCCAGCGAGAUGUCAACUGUCACAGACAUUUCAUGUCAUCUUCAUCUUUUAUUUAUCUAUUCUUUUUUAAAUGUAUUAUUCAAUUUUAUGUAUUUUUUAAAGGUGUAUAGGCCAACGUCUUUUUUUAAAUUGUCUUCCUUGUGGGAGUGAUUACCAAGCAAGUGUCCGGACAUCGUUAGCCUUGCAUAGCACAAUGACUGGAAGUGGAUGGAAACAGCGUUGAACAGCCUUUCCGAUGCACACUACUUAACACAAAUAUUACUUGACCUGGAUGUGUCCAUUUGUGUUGUGGUUUGCAAGCUGAGACAGUUUUACGUGACACACAAGGAAUCCAGUGCCUCACACAUAAUACCCUCCCCCCAGGAUUAUUGUAGCGACUUCACCGCAUUUGUUAGUGUCCAUAAGCUCCUUAUCAACACAUACAGUCAUUGCUGAGAAGAGCAGAGGGGACCAGGAACAGCCCACCAAUGUAACACCACAGGUUAACUUCUGCUUCUUCUUCUCUCUGCAAGACUUAUAAGCAACUGUUUGUAAUGGAGAAGCUGGCUUUGUGUUAACCCUCUAUGGUAUGAUGUUGCCUUUAGGCAACAUACCCAAAAAUUAGCUGAAAAAGGAUUUUCCUGGCCUUUUUCAGUCUGGAAUUUUUUUUAAUUUCAAUUUAAUAUGGAAGGAAAGCUUAAGUUCUAAUAGUUUAAUGUACUUUGUUUUCUAAUUAAAUAAUGUAAACUUGUUAAAAUGCAAAUGUUGCCUUGAGGCAACACCGUACCAUUAUGGAUUCACCAUGACACCAUGACAUUGUGUUAUAUGUGGAUGGCAUGCCAGAUAUUGGGGCAAGUGGCAACAUCAUUCUGUGACUUGCGAGCAUCAUUCCAGGCAACCAAUCCUACAAGCUGUUCUUUGAUAACUGGUACAUCAGUGUGGAUCUCCAGACCGUUCUCCAAAAGAGAAAGAUCCACUGUGUUGGAACAGUGCAGCAAAAUCGACUGAGAAUAAAGCCAUGAAGAAGAAGGUCAGGGGAGCCUUUGAAGAGAAAGCCUCAGACUCUUCGACGCAUUCAUUCCAGUUACAGUUGUUCCAUAAUGCUACAAU